CAUUCUUCUUUGUGAACCAGGCCGUUCAGGCUCUUCUACUGAAAAAAUAGAUAAACAGAGCCAAAACGCUGCCGUUUCUAGGACCAGCAAAAUCAAACAGAAGUACAGACCAAUACUUCCACCUUCUUAUCAUACUCCCUUCCCCCAUCUCUCUCUCUCUCUCUCUCUCUCUCUCUCUCUCUCUCUCUCUGCGUGGGAGUUUUGGUGGUGCCAUGGAGGAUCUUCCUUUACAGAAGGUGGCAAUAUCGGGUCCCACGUUAACCUACAUGAUACAGCGCUUCUCCUCUUCUCUCGGUGACGUGGAUGGCUUCCUAUUUGGCCACGUCACUCACAUCGCUCCCUCCACUCUCUCCGACGACUCUCCCCAAACUUCCUCCGAUUCCGAUUCCCCUCAACUCGUGGCUACCGUCACUUCCUUCCUUUGCCCCAGCUCUCCUCUCUCCUUCUAUGAUGCCCUCGGCCGAGUCGACUCUUCUUCCCUCCACCGAUUCCUCUCCCCGCAAACUCAUCACCAGUUCAUUGGCUGGUUCUCCGCCCGCCGCAAAACCCCUAUUCGCCCUUCAAUGCGCGAAUUUUCCGUCUCGCGUUCUCUCUCCACCAACUCUCAGCUCUCUUUCCCCAUCAAAAACUCCGAAAAUCCAAUAAAGCUUUCUCCUUGCAUUUUUCUCUUAUUCGCUACUCCUUUACAAGACCAAUUAAUUCAUACGCACGAGUACCGUGCUUACCAGUUCCGUGUAUCCACACAGUCGUUUGAGCCCAAAUCGAUUGAUAUUGUGAAUAUAGGACCGGCAUUCCGGGGGCAUUAUGGAUCGUUUAGCCCUAAUUCGCCCUUUCCGAUGUUGAAUUGUGAGUUAAGUUCCUUAUCGGCUAUGAAUGAGGACAGACGUGAUGAGGCUUUGAGUGAAAUUAAGCAGGUUUCCAAGGACCAGAGGGAGCUGGAUAUGUGUGCAGAGGAUUUUCCAGUUUCGAAUUUGAGCCGGUUGAUAGGAUCAGAGGCUUCGAAUCAUACUGCAGGUUUGGAGAAUUUGUAUGAAAAGAUGUUGGCCAAAAUUGACAGCUUGGCCAGGCAAGUGGAGAAGAGCAAUGCUAAGGUGUUCGAGCAGGAAGCUCAUAAUAGGAAGUUAAGGUACAAAGUUGCCCGGACUGGACCAGAGUAACAGUGUCAUUCCUGCUUGUAUUUUCAGUUAUCGUCAGGCAUAUGCAUGCUCCAAGAUAUGGUUCAGCUAAUUUGUUAGGACUUCUAUCCAUUUGAUUUUACUCAACCAGAGACUGGAGUUUUGAGCUGGGCAUUGAGGAAAAUUUUGUUAGUUUUUAGUUUUGAGACAUCGUCUCUCGUUCCAAAUGUUUUUAAGUUGUCAAUUUUUAUCAGUUGUUUUAAUGUAUUAUGUAUGACAAUAUAUCCUUGACCUUACAAUCUUGAAUUCCAAAGCUUAUUUCCUUGAUUAUUAUCUGGAGAAAUUGCUGUGUACACCCAUUCCAUUUUUCAGUUAUUAUCCUCUCAGUGAUAUGUGUUGAAGGUUGUGCAGUAAUUUAUUUAUUGGUUUGUUCUUUGAAAUGGUUAUUAAAUAUCAUUAUUUUUCAUAUGUAUAAUUGCUUUUUGACUUUAGACCUAAAAUAGGGUAAUUUACAUUGAAUAGUCUGUGAAAUCUCCAAAUCAGACAAUCUGCCUCUUUGGCUUGGAUGAUUAUAAAAAUAACUGCCUAAAAUGAAUAUUGUCCUUCAAUAGGAAGGCAUUGGAAAUUUGAAAUGCUAAGAUAAUACAGAUGCUGCUAAUACUAACACAAAAAACAAACAGUACACUAAUGAGCAAACGAACUAAUUGCAUGCCAGAACAUCUAUUUAAGGAGUGUUUGUGUUAUUAUUCAAACUAGAGGAGUGGCAUAUAUAAUGUCAAGGAUGCCAUAAGGUUAAACAGUGUACUACCUAUAAAUAUUAUGUUACAUAUUAGAUCUGUAAUUCUCAAAGAAAUAAUCUUUGAUUGCUGAGAUCUUGGAUAGAUAAUUCCUCUUUAUAAGUUUCUUUAUGUGCUACUUUGAGUCCCAUAACUGCUUUCUACAGUUACAACUCACUGAAGAGAAUAAUAUCCUAUUUAUGGAUUACUCCUCACUCUCCACUACUACUUUCUUCCUUAGUCUUAACAUUCCCCACUCCUUGAAAUCAUUCUUGUCAUGAAGAAAAUGCUGGAAUUGGAAUGAAUUUCAAGUGAUUCUUUCCCCACAUAGUUGGUUGGAAAAACGUGAGAAUUCCAUGUAGCACCUUCUGCUGGCCAGUUAAUUCCCUGAUUUUGGAAUACCAAAUGUCAACUUCCAUCAUGUGCUUUAGCUGAAAUUCCCAACAAUUGGGCUAAAGUUGCAGGUGAUAGUAUGGACUCUUUAUUGACAUAGAAUCAAAAUUUCUUUUCCUUUUUCUUCUCCAAAUUUCCCAUGCUUGUUCCUUCAAAAUCACAAUCAUUUGAUGGCUGAACUUUCUUCCUUCCCCUUCUCAAUAUUACCAUUCAUCUUCCAUGAGACUUAUAGGAUUACAAUAGCUGAAGUCACCAGCUUGUCUCCUAAACUUCUGCCAAUUGCUUCCAAUGUUCACACUUUUUGCAGCUCCUUUAUCUUUCUUGUUUUCAAGAACUUUCCCUUAGCUUUUUCUUUCCCCAUUACAGAUUCUAGUUUCCGUCGUCAUCAUCAUCAUUCUCCUCCUUCUAGGCCUCACUUACAAUAGACAUAACAGCAAUAAAAUCCUCCUCCACUCUAUUAAGAAAUUUGUACCAAAGAUAGUAUUUCCAUGAUUCAAGAAUCUCAAGAAUAGGGUUUCAGUAGAAGAGAAGAAGAAAAUAAUUUUUGAUCAAGCCUGAAACAAAGAAAAGAAGUCAAAGACCUAGAAAUAGACAUGGAAUAGAGGCAGAAAACAGAGAAAAGAAACUAGAAAAGAGACAGGAUUGGGAAGGAAAUAGAAAAAAUCAGAAAGAGUAAUCCGAAACAAGAAACAUAGAAUAACCCUAGAUUGAAAUAUCAAGAAAUUCAAGAAACAGAUUUCUUGAAGUGCAGGAAAUGACAACUUUUAAGAAGGAAAAUGAAAGAUAAAACCGGAAAUCAACAAAAGAAGAAGGAAGUUUGAUGCAAGAAUUUAAGAAAGAAAGAAAUUCUAGGGAAGGAAAGGAAAAGAAAUAGAGGAAAGGAAAGAAGGAAUCUUAGAGAAGAAGAAAAGAAGGGGAAGAGGAGAGAAAGAGAAAGAAGAACAGAGAGAAACCUAGAAUGCUGGAAUUUUGGAACCCCCAUAAAUCUGCUCAGGAUUGCAACUCCAGCAGAAAGGAUUGGAAGCAAACUAAGUUAGAACAGACCUUUGAUAUCACUUGUUACAUAUCAUACCAGUAAUUUCCUUUGAAACAGAGAAAUGGGGAGAAAGAGAGAGAGAAGUGGAUUCGGUUGAGAAAAGAAAUUGAAAAGGGAGAAACAAUGGAGAUAAUUGGAGAAGAGGAGAGAGGAGAAAGAGAGAGAAAGAGAAAAUAUUUGAUUGCCACUGAUUUUGGUUAGAUUCCUCUUUACAUUUUACAAAUAAGUUCCUAUUUAUACUACUUCGAGUCCUAUAAUUGUUUUCUACAGUUACAACUUACAACUGGUUGAAGAGAAUACUAUUCUAUUGAUGGGCUAAUCCACUACUAUUGUAUUCCUUACUCAUAACACAUUACUCUUGCAAGUGACAUAAAAAGGCCUUAGCAGAAGAUAUUCAUGAUAUAGAGGUAAACACAUUGAUAUUAUGGAGGCACAUAGUCCUAGCAUAUGUAGAACAACCUUUGACAAAAAGAACAAGCUUGAUGCUUAUCACCAUGAAUCGGUUGAAAGGCUUAAGCUAUGCAUUUUACUGCUAAGCUGAAUACGAAUUUUGCUUCUACUCAAGAGAAAUGUGAUUACAGUAAAAAAAAAAAAAUUAUGAGUGCCAAUUAGUUGAUUGGAUAGGCGUUUCAGGUUGUUAAGGUGGAUGAAUUUGUAUGAUCUUCAAAUGGUUUUACAUGUUUGAAUAAGGAACUAGUUACUGUUAGAUGCAUGGCAUGCGGGGUUGAUGACAGUGCAAAGUUGCAAAAUAUUAAAUACCUGUCCUUAGCGGUUUAUGGGUCAUAGGAAUGGCAAUGUGAAGGCUGGGCCGGUAUUGUGGCCGGUUUUGCAUUUCCCUUUCCCAUCCUAGGAAUUGGGGCAAGUGCAAGUAUCCUUUUUAAUGAUUCUAUAAAUUAUUAAAAAUUGUAUGUAUUUGUUCUUUGUAUCAAAUAUUAGAUAUUAUUUACUGAUAUUUUAACAAGAUAUUAACGUUUUGUAGUAGAUAGUAUAUCUUACUAGGUAAACAAGUCUUUCAUAUCUAUAAAUAAAAAUUACAAUAUAAAAAUAUAUUUAUAAAGUUGGGGCAUAGUAGCAAGUACCUUAAGCCUUUUCCUGCCAAGUUUAGGAUGAGACCCUUCUUUGUCAGGAUAGGGUAAAACUGCGGUAUCUACUUGGUCUAAUUGGAAACUGAACUGUGAAAAGUGAGAACUGCUAGUUAGAUAAAGAUAGUGAGAAUAAGGAUAAACUAUUUGUGAAUUGUGAAAGAAAGUCAAAGGAUAUGUAAUAUUAUUUAUUUAGGAACGUUAAGAAGAAAAAUAGGGUGAGAGAGAAACCAUCCUCAUCAUUAAGUACUAUUGAGGAGAGAUUUAAUGUUAAAAAGCAUUAACUGCAUUGUACAAGCAAAGAACAUUACUUGAAAAAGUGCAAAUUGGAAGCAUGUAAUCACUUUGUAUUAUAAGAGUUUAUAGCUUUUCACAGCCAAGAUGAAAGCGCUAUGAAGACGGUCAUUCAUGAUGUGGAAUGUUGGUGUUUCUCAUUCUGUAGUAUAUUUGAACAAAUUGUUUAACUUUACAAAGUAGUCACUUAUAUGCAUGUUGCUAGCAGUUGUUUAAGUAUUUAUAUACCUUAUUCUUAUUGGGAAAACCUGACACUGCAUUACAAUAUAAGUGGGAUUUUGAUCCAUUUUAUUAUAGCAGUCUCACUUCUCUCUUGUUGGUUUUGAUUUGUGUGGAAAUAUUGGA